GGGGGAGAGAAAAUAAUAUAAUUUCAGGGGAAGUCGCCUUCAGGUCUGCUGCUUUUUUUUUUUUUUUUUUAAUUAAAAAAAAAAAAGGCCAUAGAAAACAUCAGUCUUGAACUCCUCUUCAAGAACCCGAGCUGUAAAGGAAAUCUCCUUUGUUUUUGUUAUUUAUAUGCUGUCAAGUUUUGAAGUGGUGAUCUUUAGAGGGUAACUGAGUAUGGAUCAUUUGAACGAGGCAACUCAGGGGAAAGACCAUUCAGAAAUGUCUAACAAUGUGAGCGAUCCGAAGGGUCCACCAGCCAAGAUUGCCCGCCUGGAACAGAACGGGAGCCCGCUAGGAAGAGGAAGGCUUGGGAGUACAGGUGCAAAAAUGCAGGGAGUGCCUUUAAAACACUCUGGCCAUCUGAUGAAAACCAACCUUAGGAAAGGAACUAUGCUACCAGUCUUCUGCGUAGUGGAACAUUAUGAAAAUGCCAUUGAAUAUGAUUGUAAGGAGGAGCAUGCCGAAUUUGUGUUGGUGAGAAAGGAUAUGCUUUUCAACCAGCUGAUAGAAAUGGCAUUGCUGUCUCUGGGUUACUCGCAUAGCUCCGCUGCCCAAGCCAAAGGGCUAAUCCAGGUCGGGAAAUGGAAUCCAGUUCCACUGUCUUAUGUGACAGAUGCUCCUGAUGCCACAGUAGCAGAUAUGCUUCAAGACGUGUAUCAUGUGGUCACAUUGAAAAUUCAGUUACACAGUUGCCCCAAACUAGAAGACUUGCCUCCCGAACAAUGGUCACACACCACAGUAAGGAACGCUCUGAAGGACUUACUGAAAGAUAUGAAUCAGAGUUCGUUGGCCAAGGAGUGCCCCCUUUCACAGAGUAUGAUUUCUUCCAUUGUGAACAGCACUUACUAUGCAAAUGUCUCAGCAGCAAAAUGUCAAGAAUUUGGAAGGUGGUACAAACAUUUCAAGAAGACAAAAGAUAUGAUGGUUGAAAUGGAUAGUCUAUCUGAACUAUCCCAGCAAGGCGCCAACCAUGUCAAUUUUGGCCAGCAGCCGGUCCCAGGGAACACAGCCGAGCAACCUCCAUCCCCCGCACAGCUUUCCCAUGGCAGCCAGCCCUCUGUCCGGACCCCUCUUCCGAACCUGCACCCUGGGCUUGUAUCAACGCCCAUCAGUCCUCAGUUGGUCAACCAGCAGCUGGUGAUGGCUCAGCUGCUAAACCAGCAGUAUGCAGUGAAUAGACUUUUAGCCCAGCAGUCCUUAAACCAACAAUACUUGAACCAUCCUCCCCCCGUCAGCAGAUCUAUGAAUAAGCCUUUGGAGCAACAGGUUUCAACGAACACAGAGGUGUCUUCCGAAAUCUACCAGUGGGUACGUGAUGAACUGAAACGAGCAGGAAUCUCCCAGGCAGUAUUUGCACGUGUGGCUUUUAACAGAACUCAGGGCUUGCUUUCAGAAAUCCUCAGAAAGGAAGAGGACCCCAAAACUGCAUCCCAGUCUUUGCUGGUAAAUCUUCGGGCCAUGCAGAACUUCCUACAGUUACCAGAAGCUGAAAGAGACCGAAUUUACCAGGACGAAAGGGAAAGGAGCCUGAAUGCUGCCUCCGCUAUGGGUCCUGCCCCCCUGAUAAGCACACCUCCCAGCCGCCCUCCACAGGUGAAAACAGCUACUAUUGCCACUGAGAGGAAUGGGAAACCAGAGAACAAUACCAUGAACAUUAAUGCUUCCAUUUAUGAUGAGAUUCAGCAGGAAAUGAAGCGUGCUAAAGUGUCCCAAGCACUGUUUGCAAAGGUUGCGGCAACCAAAAGCCAGGGAUGGUUAUGUGAGCUGUUACGCUGGAAGGAAGAUCCUUCUCCAGAAAACAGGACCUUGUGGGAGAACCUCUCCAUGAUCCGAAGGUUCCUUAGUCUUCCUCAGCCAGAACGUGAUGCCAUAUAUGAACAGGAGAGCAAUGCAGUGUAUCAUCAUGGUGAUAGGCCACCCCACAUCAUCCAUGUUCCAGCAGAGCAGAUUCAGCAGCAGCAACAACAACAACAACAGCAGCAGCAGCAGCAGCAACAGGUACCACCACCUUCACAGCCCCAGCCCCAGCAGCAGGCUGGCCCUCGGCUCCCACCACGGCAACCCACUGUGGCCUCGCCCGCAGAAUCUGAGGAGGAGAACCGGCAGAAGACCCGGCCACGAACAAAAAUUUCAGUGGAAGCCCUGGGCAUCCUCCAAAGUUUCAUACAAGAUGUAGGCCUGUAUCCAGACGAAGAGGCCAUCCAGACUCUGUCUGCUCAGCUUGACCUUCCCAAAUACACCAUCAUAAAGUUCUUUCAGAACCAGCGAUAUUAUCUCAAGCAUCAUGGGAAACUGAAUGACAAUUCUGGUUUGGAGGUGGAUGUUGCUGAGUAUAAAGAAGAGGAGUUACUUAAGGGUUUAGAAGAGAGUGUCCAAGAUAAAAAUGCUAACACGCUUUUUUCGGUGAAAUUAGAAGAAGAGCUGUCAGUGGAAGGGAACACAGACAUUAACGCUGACUUGAAAGACUGAAAUAAAAGUAUUAUUUUCAUUCAACAGUGCCACUGGUAUUUACUAACAAAAUGAAAAAUCCAUCUUGUAUUCUCUCCGAAAACCUUUGUUGUUCAUUGUUUGGCCAAUGAAUCUUCAGAAACUUGCACAAACAGGAAAGUUAGGAAAGGAUAAUACAGACUGCACUAAAUGGUUUCCGCUAUUUUACAAACUGCUUGGCAGCCCCAGGUGAAGCAUCAAGGAUUGUUUGGUAUUAAAAUUUGUGUUCUCGGGAGGCACCAAGGUGCGUGUCCCGUAAGCAUGAUCCCAGUGAUUUUUUUUUUUUUUUAAUUCUGGAGCCUUCAAACAAGCAUUAUAACUCCUGUGACUAUGAUUUCCUUUCCUUUAAUUAUUUCUGUAACACUCCACACUGAUCUUUGGAAACUCGCCCCUUAUUU